CGGAGCAAGUUCGUGUGGAUACGUUGGAGGCUUCAUACGUUUGGCGCUACGUUCAUCUCCUCAAAACCAUCCCCGACCGUUCCUCCGUUCUUCGUUUUCACCGUUAAGAUGGCAAACAACAACACAAACAACCUCGCCCUGCGUUCCAUUCUGGAUAAAGAUAAAUUGAACGGAACAAACUUUUUUGACUGGCAACGCAAUCUCUGCAUUGUUCUCCGCAUGGAUGAGAAAGAGUAUGUGCUCGAAAAGCCCAUUCCUCCUGCCCCUCCCGCUAACGCCCCGAAAGCGGUCAAAGAUGCCUACGAGAAACACGUUAAGGAUGACAACCAGGUUAGCUGUGUCAUGCUGGCUACCAUGAUAACCGAGCUACAAAAACAGAACGAGGACAUGAAGGCCCAUGAGAUGAUCGUGGCCUUGCGACAGCUAUACCAGGGGCAAUCCAGGCAUGAACGUUUUCUCGUGAGUAAGGCUCUCUUUAGUUGCAAGCUCUCUUCAGGGAACCUGGUCGGUCCGCACGUUCUCAAAAUGAUUGGUUACAUAACCAAUCUGGAGAAACUCGGGUUCUCCUUGCAGAAGGAGCUGGCAACGGACCUGAUCCUGCAGUCGCUCCCUGAGCUGUAUAAGGGUUUUGUCAUGAACUACAUGAUGCAUGAUCUUGACAAACCCCUUCCGGAGCUUCUUAAAAUGCUCCAGACUGCAGAGGAGAACCUUACUAAGGGCAAGGGUGCUUCCGUCCUUAUGGUCCAAGGCGGAAAGGGGAAGCCGAAGAAGGGGAUUAAGAUUAAGGCUAGGACGGUCGGAAAGCCUAAAUCGAAGUCCACUUCAUCUGCAACCCAGAAACCCAUAGGAGGAGUUGCAAAGGGCAAAUGUCAUCACUGUGGUAAGGCAGGCCACUGGAGAAGAAACUGCAAGACAUACCUCGCAACCAAGAAGAAGGAAGGUACGACCAUUUCUUCUGAGGUGUAUGUUAUAGAAGUUAACAUGUCUAUAUCUUCAUCAUGGGUACUAGAUACUGGAUGUGGGUCUCAUAUCUGUACUACCAUGCAGGGACUGAAGCAGAGUAGACGUCAUUCCAUCAACAUGCACUAUAUCCUCGAGAGCCAAAAACUCUCCGGGGAAAAAUUUCUUGACUGGGAGAAGAACCUCCGAAUCGUUCUUGACUGUGAGAGGAAACUCUACAUCCUCGACACAGAUCCUCCCAAGACCCCUGUGGCAAAUGCUCGUGCGUCCAAACUCACUUCCUUCAAGAAGUAUGAGGACGACACGGUCACCCCAAAAACUCGGAAUUUGCAUGAAGUUAGACAUUUGGCUGAGGGAGAAGUCCAGCUUAAGGUCGGAAACGGAGCACUUGUCAAUGCGCUGGCUGUAGGAACUUAUGUUCUAUCUCUCCCUAGUGGCUUGUUGUUGCAUUUAAACAAUUGCUUGUUUGUACCUGCCAUUAGCAGGAAUAUCAUUUCUGUGUCCUGUCGUGACAAAGCAGGAUUUUCUAUUAAUGUCAAAGACAAGUGCCUUUCGGUUUUCAGAAAUGAUAUUUACUAUGCAACUGCUAAGAUGACCAAUGGUCUUUAUAUCUUAGACUUAGACGCCACUGUUUAUAACGUAAAUGUCAAGAGAAGCAAACCAAACAGUUUGAAUCUCACAUACCUUUGGCAUUGUCGUUUGGGCCACAUUAACGAGAAACACAUAUCUAAGUUACGCCACUCUGGCGUACUUGAUUCAUUUGACCUCGAGUCUUAUGAUGAAACGAAAGGGUAUGAGUUCUAUCAUCCGGCCGAUAACAAAACCUUUGUUGCUCGGAACGGAACCUUCCUUGAGAAGGAGCUUCUCUCUGCUAUUUCUAGUGGGAGAAAGGUAGAACUCGAAGAAAUUCGAGAACCACAAGAAGAGAUCUCAAUAGUAGUGGAACCCGAGCGUCAAGAUUUAGUAUCUCGACUAGCUCAGGUUUUACCACGUAGGUCAGACCGGAUGCGUAAUCCUCCGGUUAGAUACGACUUCCUUGUAUCUGAUGAAGGUGACGUCUUACUGGUAGACCAAGGCGAACCUGAUACCUACAUCGAGGCAAUCACGUGCCUCGAAUCCGAUCAAUGGCUUAAUGCCAUGAAAUCCGAAAUGGAGUCUAUGUACACAAACCAAGCUUGGUUGAGCGAGAACUUCGCCAUGAAGGACUUGGGGAAUGCUAGUUAUGCCCUUGGCAUAAGAAUAUACCGUGAUAGGUCAAGAAAGUUGAUAGGUCUAUGUCAAAGUACAUAUAUAGAUAAGGUCCUUGAUCGAUUUAGCAUGUCUAACUCGAAAAAGGGAUCCUUGCCUAUGUUACCUGGCACGGCUCUUUCCAAGAGCCAGAGUCCUACUCCCGAGCAGAAGGCACUCAUGAUGAAGGACACAACCGCCGAUUCAACUACAGAGGCUGAGUACAUGGCUACUACUGAAGCCGCAAAAGAAGGUGUUUGGAUAAAGAUGUUCAUUUCUGAACUUGGAGUGGUUCCUAGCAUUAAUGACCCAAUCCCGUUUUUCUACGACAACACUGGGGGCAUUGCACAGGCGAAGGAACCACGAUCUCACCUAAAGACCAAACACAUUGUACGACGUUAUCACAUCAUACGAGAAAUCGUAGACAGAGGUGAUGUGGAGAUUUGCAAAGUAGGAACAGACGACAACAUAGCCGACCCCUUGACCAAGCCCUUGGGAAAGCUAAAGCAUGAGGGUCACACUAGAUCAAUGGGCAUUCGACCGAUGCCAGAUUGGCCAUAGUGCAAGUGGGAGAUUGUUGGAGUUGGUGCCCUUAUGGCCAACUGCUAUUGUAAUAUCUUAGAUAUUUUCUAUCAUGUAAAGGCAGAUGCAUUAAGUUUACAAACAUCUCAUGCUAAUGUAAACUCUUAGUUGCAUUCCUAGAAUUAUAUUAUAAGAUGUUUAUCAGAAUGAGUCUUCUGAUGUUGAGACUGACAUCUUGUCACUUAGUAUAAUUCUGAACGGUCUAUAGCCGAAGCAUUAACGAGAGUGGGAUAUCGUU